AAUAUUUUUGAUCUGUGCUUGACUAUGACGAAAUCAAAAAUUCCAAAGAUCUAAUUUAUUCCUGUUUUGUUUAUUAAAAAAUAUAGCUUAGACGAACCAAUUUGAUUAAAUAUAACUUGAAAAGUAUUGUCUAGUGUGUUAUGAAUGUGUUCAGUAUUUACUACCAAUGAAACAUUGUUGAAUCCGUAAAACGUAAAUUUAUUAUUGUAGCUUUCACUUAGGUUUUAGCGUUACUAAUCUAGUAAAGUAUACAGCAGAAAUGGUCAAAGUAUAUGCACUUUUAGUAUUACAUAAAGGAAUUAAUAAUGCCUCAAUACUUAAAGCAGCUUAUGAUUUACAAAGCUUCAGCUUUUUCCAAAGGGGCUCUGUGCAAGAGUUUAUGACAUUUGUUAGUAAGACAAUGGUGGAGAGAACACAUCCAGCUUCACGGCAAUCAGUGAAAGAAGGAGAAUAUAUGCUGCAGGUGUAUGUGCGAGCGGACAACUUGGCUGGUGUAUUAAUUUCAGAUCAUGAGUAUCCAAAUAGAGUGGCACACACAUUAAUAACAAAAAUUCUUGAUGAAUUUACAGCUGCUGUACCAGCUGCCAACUGGGCCACUGGUAAUGAGACAACUAUAGAUUUCCCAGUUUUGCCUCAGUAUCUGGCUAAAUACCAGAAUCCCAGAGAAGCUGAUGCAUUGACCAAAAUACAGAAUGACUUGGACGAAACAAAGAUUAUUUUGCAUGACACAAUAAAAGCUGUAUUAGAAAGAGGAGAAAAGCUAGAUGAUUUAGUAGAAAAGUCUAAUAGUUUGUCAUUACAUAGUAAAACAUUUUACAAAACUGCUCGCAAAACAAAUAGCUGCUGUACCUACUGAAAAAUCUCAAUGUUCGGUGUAAUAUGGCCAUUGUAUAUUUAAAGUAUUUGGUGUUGCUCUGCUGUUUCUUGUUCAAUUAUAAUAAUGUAUAAACUAAGAUGUGGAAUGUUAAGGGGUUCAUAAUGAAUACAAGGAAAAAGUAAAAGCUAUUAUUUCAUUGACUUAUUAUCUAUUUAUUCAUAAACAAUAUUGUAUCUUCAGUAUGUACUUGUGUGCGCUCACCUGACAGGAGCUGAUAAACCCUAAUUAAUUAGUACUGUUGCCAACACGACAGUGAACUAAUAUACAUUACUUCUAAUAUUUCUUACUUGAAAUUGUGAAAUGAACAUUCUAUUAAAUUCUUUAUCAUUUUAUAGUUUCUUAUAUUAUUCAUUAACAUUCAUUCAUUAAUAUGAAAUAUGAGGCUUACAUUGUUAUUGAAAUUGUAUAAUUUUAAUGUAGGUUUUUUAUUUUUGAUAUUAACAGUAU